AUGGAGAAGUCUCUGUCAUGUCAAGAAGGCCGCAUCUGCGAGACCGACAAUAAGGAAUUAGUGAAAGAAGAAAAUGAGCAAGGCAAAGAAAAAACCAAACAGAAGCACCAAGCCUUAAUCUCAAGUCUUCCGAAACGGGAACGAGGUGACAUGAUGCAACUUGCUCUCUUGCAAUACCAAGGCUUUUGGCUCGGAUCUGAGCCAGCUCUAAAAGGAAUCCUUUUCAUGCAAGACCACUUUAAGGCUCGACCAACUGAUAUUGUACUGGCUUCCCUUCCAAAGUGCGGCACCACAUGGCUUAAAGCUCUCAUUUUCACCAUCAUAAAUAGAGCUGACUAUGACUUUCCCACCCACCCUUUGCUCACAGCUAAUCCACAUGACCUUGUUACCUUUUUGGAAGGAUACUUGGCCAAACACGAAUCCAUUUCUGGUCUUGGAGCUCUUCCCUCGCCCCGCCUCUUAGCUACUCACUGCCCUUACACUUUGUUGCCUAACUCCAUGAUCAAUAACUCUGGCUGCCGUUUUGUCUAUGUUUGUCGCGAUCCAAAAGAUGUUGUUAUUUCAACGUGGCACUUUGUAAACAAAUUAUUGACAAAACCACGACCUCUAGAAGAUGCAUUUGAGCAAUUUUGUGAAGGAGUUUCACCCUUUGGACCUUUUUGGGACCAUGUGAUAGGCUAUUGGAGAGCAAGCUUAGAAUUACCAGAGAAAAUGCUGUUUCUUAAAUAUGAGGAUUUGAAGAGGGACCCCUUUGUUCACUUUAAGAGGUUAGCUGAAUUUUUAGGCCAACCCUUCACACAGGAUGAAGAAAAUGAUGGAAUGGUGCAAGAAAUAAUCAAGCUAUGCAGUUUCGAGAAUUUAAGCAAUUUGGAGAUCAACAAAAGUAGUAGUACUGCUACCCGAUCUCGUUUCAAGAACUCUGACUUCUUCAGGAAGGGUGAGGCAGGUGAUUGGGAGAAGUAUCUUACAACAGAGAUGGCUGCAGCUUUAGAUCAUAAAAUCAAGGAAAAGCUACAUGAUUCUGGAUUGACCUUUACAAUGCCACUGUAA